UGUUUAAUUCUAACUGUGGGCUGGAGUGACAAUGGUUACUACCAAUAACUUUUACUCUCGUUUUCUGCCAUAGAUUGUUUCAGCCUGUCUGGCUCCGAUAUCCCGCCCCCUUUCGUCAUGCGUCGCGCACGGCAACGUUGCGUCCCCUUUGCUCUGAUCGCUUGGGCUAUGAUUGACAAUAAUGGCGACGAGUCAGUCUUAAGUUAUUCGGUUUCAACGUUACCAGCUUGAAAAUCCAUCAUCAGGAGACCGGUUUACAUGCAUUCGGACCCCGGAGUAAACAUGCAAAAGGAUCUCUAGCUUGGUAAAGAACGGGUAACUCAUUCGAGGAACCUUAAAGUUCAGGUAUUGGGAUUUCGAGGGAAGCACGAAUCAGAAAUAAGGUCCCCGAGAUCGCGCUGACAACAACAACCAGCAUACGAAUCAAAUAGGGAUUGUUUUAUUGUUUCUCCUAAAGAAGAAGAAAAAAAGGGAAAGCCUUCCAGAUGCGGAACUGCUUACUAUUACAACACGGCUUUUAAGGGAACUUGCAGACAGAUACCUCCAUUCACACUUCAUCACCCCGUUUUUAAAGCGAGACUUGUUUGCGAAGGAAAACAGAAACGUGGAUUGAACAAAAUCAUAACAAAAAGUUGAACAUAUUUUAGUUGGGCGUUUUGAACACAUUUCGUGACCUGUGUUUAAGUUGAUCCUUCUAACUUAACUUUUUUGUCGUAUACACGAGUGGGAUUAAGUAUUAUAGAAAAGACAACGCAUAGCCUAAGUGGUUAUAAAACAGAAGCGCUCUUAAUUUGUAUAAAGGAAGUUGGAUGUUGUACUUUGUUGUACGUUUUGAAGACUUGCCUAGCCAGUGAGAAAGUCUAGGAAGAAAACGAGAUCUCAGGCUUUGCUUUGUUUAGCAACUGGACGCCGACAGUUAUCAUCGACUUUACCGCAGACUGAUCUAAGCCGACAACGAAAACAGUGGCCAAAUGGCAAACUGAAAUGAGUGCUCUUUGUUAUCUUUUGAAAAACACCGCCCCGUAAUCAUUUGCACAUAACAAACAUUUCCAAAUAACUUCAGCGAGAACACAACGGCUCAGCUAAACCCCAGACACAGCAGUGCCGACCAUGUAAACUUUGCUGUUUUGUAUGUGCGUGGUAUAGGUGGAUUGAAAUAUAAAGGAAUAUGUGUGAUUAUACUUAACAAACUAACUUUAUAUUUGUAAGAACUACAGUCGUCUGCUUUUGGAACUCAAUGCAGAAAGCCUAAACAUAUAUAUAACUUUUGUGGUUUAUAGUGUCAUAGUGAUUUUAAAUGACAACCGGCAGGAAUAAUCGAGUCAUGAUGGAAGGCGUGGGUGCCAGGGUGGUCCGGGGUCCAGAUUGGAAAUGGGGCAAACAGGAUGGCGGAGAGGGUCAUAUUGGCACCGUCCGCAGCUUCGAGAGCCCAGAAGAAGUGGUGGUCGUCUGGGAUAACGGGACUGCUGCCAACUAUCGCUGCUCGGGGGCAUAUGACGUCCGAAUAUACGACAGUGCACCCACAGGAAUCAAGCAUGAUGGGACCAUGUGUGAUACUUGCCGUCAGCAGCCGAUUAUUGGUAUCCGUUGGAAGUGUGCAGAAUGUACAAACUAUGAUCUGUGCACAGCUUGUUACCAUGGAGAAAAGCAUCAUCUGAGGCACAGGUUCUACAGAAUCACCACACCAGGAAGUGAGAGGGUUCUGCUUGAAUCUCGCCGCAAAUCUAAAAAAAUCACUGCCAGGGGUAUCUUCACUGGCUGUCGGGUGGUGCGAGGAGUUGACUGGCAGUGGGAGGACCAAGAUGGAGGCAACGGGCGCCGGGGCAAGGUGACAGAGAUUCAAGACUGGAGUGCAGCCAGCCCUCACAGUGCAGCAUAUGUUCUGUGGGACAAUGGAGCCAAGAACCUUUAUAGAGUGGGGUUCGAGGGCAUGUCUGACUUGAAAUGUGUUCAAGAUGCAAAAGGGGGGUCAUUUUACAGAGAUCAUUGCCCUGUGCUAGGUGAACAGAAUGGGAACCGGAACCCUGGGGGUCUGCAGAUUGGCGACCUGGUGAACAUUGACCUAGAUUUAGAAAUUGUGCAGUCCCUGCAGCAUGGACAUGGCGGGUGGACUGAUGGCAUGUUUGAGACCUUGACCACCACGGGCACAGUCUGUGGCAUUGAUGAAGAUCACGACAUUGUGGUGCAGUACCCCAGUGGAAACAGGUGGACGUUCAACCCCGCUGUGCUGACGAAGGCAAAUAUGGUUCGGAGUGGAGAUGCAGCUGCAGGCGCAGAAGGGGGCACCUCCCAGUUUCUUGUGGGAGACCUGGUUCAGAUCUGCUAUGACAUUGAGCGAAUCAAGCUUCUCCAGAGAGGACAUGGCGAGUGGGCAGAAGCUAUGCUGCCGACUUUGGGGAAGGUUGGUAGAGUCCAACAGAUCUAUUCAGACAGUGACCUGAAGGUGGAGGUUUGUGGAACAUCCUGGACAUAUAAUCCUGCGGCUGUUACCAAGGUGGCCCCAGCAGGCUCUGCUGUGACCAAUGCAUCUGGAGAACGUCUGUCUCAGCUUUUAAAGAAGCUGUUUGAAACACAAGAAUCUGGAGAUAUUAAUGAAGAACUCGUAAAAGCAGCUGCCAAUGGGGAUCUUGCCAAAGUUGAAGACUUGUUAAAGCGCCCUGAUGUUGAUGUGAACGGACAGUGUGCUGGGCACACAGCUAUGCAGGCAGCCAGUCAAAAUGGACAUGUGGAUGUGCUAAAAUUACUGCUCAAACACAGCGUUGACUUAGAAGCAGAGGACAAAGAUGGAGACAGGGCUGUGCACCACGCAGCUUUUGGAGAUGAAGGGUCGGUAAUUGAGGUUUUGCACAGAGGAGGUGCGGAUCUGAAUGCUCGAAACAAGCGCAGACAGACUCCUUUACACAUUGCAGUAAAUAAAGGUCAUCUGCAAGUUGUUAAGACUUUGCUGGACUUUGGCUGCCAUCCCAGUCUUCAGGACUCUGAGGGAGACACUCCUCUUCAUGACGCCAUCAGUAAGAAGCGGGAUGAUAUGCUGUCUGUGCUUUUGGAGGCUGGAGCUGACGUCACCAUCACAAACAACAAUGGAUUCAAUGCACUUCAUCAUGCUGCACUACGAGGGAACCCCAGUGCUAUGCGGGUUCUGCUGUCUAAGCUGCCAAGGCCCUGGAUAGUGGAUGAGAAGAAGGAUGAUGGGUACACCGCCUUGCAUUUAGCAGCUCUCAACAAUCACGUGGAAGUGGCAGAGUUACUGGUUCACCAGGGCAGCGCCAGCCUGGACAUCCAGAAUGCUAACCAGCAAACUGCUUUGCACCUGGCAGUGGAACGGCAACAUACCCAGAUUGUCAGACUGCUGGUCCGUGCAGAAGCGAAGCUGGAUAUCCAGGAUAAAGAUGGAGACACUCCUCUCCACGAGGCUCUUAGACACCACACCCUCUCCCAGCUCCGCCAGCUCCAGGAUAUGCAGGACGUCGGCAAAGAGGAUAGCCCUUGGGAGCCAUCGAAAAACACUUUAAUAAUGGGCCUGGGAACUCAAGGUGCUGAGAAAAAGAGUGCUGCAUCGAUUGCCUGUUUCCUCGCAGCCAAUGGAGCAGAUCUGACUAUCAGAAACAAGAAGGGGCAGUCUCCACUGGAUCUCUGCCCUGAUCCCAGCCUCUGCAAGGCACUGGCAAAAUGUCAUAAAGAAAAAUCAAGUGGACAGGUUGGCUCUCACAGCCCCUCGCUGAUCAACAACGAGUGUGAAACGCUUGAGGAGUGCAUGGUGUGCUCUGAUAUGAAGAGGGACACCCUCUUCGGGCCCUGUGGGCACAUUGCCACCUGCUCACUGUGUUCUCCACGGGUCAAGAAAUGCCUCAUAUGCAAGGACCAAGUCCAAUCCAGAACAAAGAUUGAAGAAUGUGUGGUAUGUUCGGACAAGAAGGCAGCUGUGCUCUUCCAGCCUUGUGGCCACAUGUGCGCCUGUGAGAACUGUGCCAGCCUGAUGAAGAAGUGCGUGCAGUGCCGCGCUGUGGUUGAGCGGAGAACACCUUUCAUUACAUGUUGUGGUGGGAAAGGUAUGGAAGAUCCCACUGAUGAUCUUACCAGCGCAAACAUCCCUGCUUUUCAGAGAGACAAGGACAACACGAAUGUCAAUGCGGACGUGCAAAAACUACAGCAGCAGCUGCUGGACAUCAAGGAACAGACGAUGUGCCCGGUCUGCCUGGAUCGAUUGAAGAAUAUGAUCUUCAUGUGUGGGCAUGGCACUUGCCAGCUGUGCGGUGACCGCAUGAGCGAAUGCCCCAUCUGUCGCAAGGGUAUUGAGCGCAGAAUCCUCCUCUACUAGACCAGGGGGGGAGGGGAGAAAGAGGAAGUGACAUUGCAGCUGUCUGAGUAGAUGCAAUUCAGCAAUUAUGUAUCUUCAAUAACUGACUUUUGUUUUUAUAAUUGCUUUUGUUUUAAAUAAAAAAUAGUGCUGUUCUCCAACUGAAUAGUUUAGGUUGGUAGAGAAAAAGGUUUAGAAAUGAAAGAAUUCAAGAACUGGAGGCCAAAUCCUUAUCUUACUGUUGCUGACUCCUGUGUUUUGUUUUGUUUUUUAAAGCAAGUAUAUCUCUCAACCGCCAUCGAUCCUGAAACAGUGCAAAACAGUACUCUAUUAGUGAAAUAUGCAAUGAACCGGUUCAUUGUAAUGAGCAAGGAGUACAAAUAUUAAAGCAAUCUUGAUUGAGUUCAUGAAAACUUCACACAAGGGAGGGCAGCAACUGUAAGUAAGCCUGUCUGGGUGUUUCACAAGUGUAGCAGAGAACAGUUUGGAUGCUGUUAAAUAGUCAUUUCAUUGAAUCCUAGCUGAGGCAAUUUUGCUUUAAUUUUUUUUUUUUUUUUAAUAUAGAAGAAUAGUAUAAAUGUUUAACACUAAACCCAGUAUAGUUCUUAAUAUAGAUAAUGUUAGCAAUCAAGAACCAAAGUCAUUCAGAUGAACCAGCACUUUCCUAGAGGUAUUACAGAACUUUAAAACCUGUUGUGUCAGUCUAAACUUUCUCUCCCAGGUAAGCUUAUUAUAGUCAUGAGGCAUUUUGCAUUCUAUGUACAUUACAGUGGCUACACAAGACAUUUUCUGUGGAAAUCUAGCAUAAGCGUGCAGUCAUAUAUACACGUGCCCAUGAAGCUGUGUGCAUUGUAGUCCUGGCAUUGUUUUAAAACUAGAUUUUAUUGUGGCAUCAUUUAUAUAUGGUUCAGAGUCUGGACUUAUUUUUUUUUAUUUUGCAGUUUGCUGUUGGUUUCACUUGUCACCCCAUGUGCAUGAUAUCAACCAUUUAGAAAAUAAACUGCUUUUUCAAAAACUGUUUUUCAUUGCAAUUUGAGGUUCAGAGUACAGUAGGCACCUAUACUGACAGUCAAUAUUGCAAAUGGCACAGUGAACAGCAAUGUACAUGGAACACAUAUAUUUUCGUUUUCUCUUGGUAACUUAGUGCAUUCAAGUUAUUGUGUGUGUGUGGUGUUUGUUUUUUUUUUUUUUUUUUAUAAAUGCAUCCUAAGCAUAGAAGAACCUGAUUUUGUAGACUUGUAAACCUGCACUACAAAGGACAAAAUAGCAGUUGUGCACCGUAGGUAAUUUCAUUUUUAGUUUCUGAAGACAAAAAUAAUAGCUGAAUGUGCCAAAAUUGCUCAACAUCAUCAGAACAAAACUACACCAUUUUCCUAUUGUGCAAGACAUCUGACUUGUCCUGUAUAAAAAAACAUCACUAGCAUCUAAAGACUUAACAUCGGAAGCAGUUUGUUUUACCUGGUGCCAUCUAGUAUUUUAUGUUCUCCAAAUGAAAAUAUCUAGCGUUUGAUUUUCAAAACUGUUUAAACUACACUACACAGAGUAAUGGCACAAUUGCUUGGUGACUUUUUCAUACAAUUAUUAUAGUAGCUGUACAUUGUUGAACUAAAUUUAGAUUUAUGGUAUUGAUUAUUCAUUUUUAAAACUGCUGUUCUAAGCUCAUUUUGACACUUUUCUUGCUGCAGGAAUGAUUAGCAUAAAAGCACACUUAAUAUAUCUGUACUUUAAACUGUAUAAGCUAUCUCCACUAGCAUGUAUAUUCAUCAUCUUAUAUUACAAAUUACAAUUUAUUGCAUGAAAUAUUCUGCUGAAUAAGGCAGACUGCUAUUAACCUUGUUUCAAUUGACUGUUCUUCAGUUGUAUAAACGUGACUUGAAAAGUUACAUUUUCCACUAAAAGAAUGUCUCUGCUCAUACAAAAUCAUGUAAUCUGCAAUGAAGUGGACAAUCAAACAAAAGGUUUUAUCAAUGGAAGACCACAUUUAUUUUAGAAUGGUUCCUACUCUAAAUAGGCCUUUAGCUGCUGCCGCUAUCUGCAAGCAUGGGCUUGUAUUCAGUUAAAUGCUGCUUUGUUUUCUUGAGCUUUUUUUUUUUUUAUGUAUUGAAGAAGAAAUGUGCAGUACCUCUACAAAGGUAUUCAAGUGCAGUUAAACAAAUUGAGCAUGUUUUUGUUGUGUUUUUUUUAAACUUGUGUUGUCCAAACUAGGUAAUGUCUAAAUUUAUAUGGUCUUUCUGUCGAAAUGCGAGCAGUUGGAAUCCUAAAAACAUGAACGUCAUUUCAGAUGAGAAGGGAAGUGUGCAUGUGUGGGAUGUGGGGGUUGAGUUCAACAAGAAAGUAAUGAUGUAUGUGUUAAAAAGAAACUUAAGGGCUGAAACAAAGUGUGAGCAUUUUCAAUGUAAGCAUUAUAUUAGAGUUCAGCACAAGUCUGCAGUGUUUGUACUGAAGCAUGGUGUCAGUGGCUGACAAUGCCCUAUGCAAAUGUUAUUUAUUUUAGAACGGAAAUAAGCUUUGGUUUGAAUGCCAGUCCUUGUUUUAUCAGCGUGUGUUAUUAUUUUAACAUUUAAUCUAGAUGCACAAAUGUACCAUCUAAUUGCUAGUAAUGUAUUUUAACUUGGUAGGCUUUUUUGUUGUUGUUAUCACGAAAGAUCUUACUUCAAAAGGUGUUGCAGUGCACAGCAAUCUCUUGUUUUCCCAAUCAUUGUUACUGGACUUGUUGCUGUUUCCUUUUUUUUUUUUUUUUUUUUUGCUUGAAUGUUUGUGACAACUGCAAUAGGUUUUGUAACAUGGAAGCUUUUUAGUUCACUCUGUAUUACUAAGUGCUUUAAAAUAAAUGCUUUGUUUAAAUAAACUGGUCUUUCAAGACUAACGCUUUAGAAAUAAACUCCACUAUGCCUCA